AAAAAAAAAACAACAAAAAAAGAAGAGAGAAAAUAUGGUGAAAUAUGUUCGUACGGCCACACUAACGAUUGGCUAUGCUUUGUUCGUCAUUUUGCAAAAUACUUUGGUAUUGACUUUUCAAAGUCAAGCUAGCCUUCUCUCCGAAACCAAAUUUUUUUAGUUGAUUUUGUGGAGCUGGGUGAAAUUCCCUGUCCGGUCUUCUUUCCCAAUUGCCUCCGAGAUCCAUCAUCAUGAACUCUGAGUUCCCCGCGGGCCGGAGACCACCCCUCUCCCAACCGCCACCAAAACGUCAACAGCUUCAACUCCAAGGCCCUCGCCCCACCCCACUAAAGCUCAACAAAGACUCCCACAAGAUCAAGAAACCCCCGCCGCCACCUGACCGUCAACCUAUGAUCAUCUACGCGAUCUCACCCAAAAUCAUCCACGCUGACGUCGCGGACUUUAUGGCCAUCGUUCAACGCCACACUGGACUCUCCUCCGGCAGCUUCUCCAACUCCGGCGAUAUCUCCCCCGCUGCCAGACUCGCUGCAACUGAAAAAGCCAGGGCACCAGAGAAAUCCGGCGACAUGCCCAGCUCAGUGGAAGAAAUCACAAUCCGGUCUCCUGGGAUUCUGUCCCCCGCUCCUGGGUCUUUGCCGCCGGUGGCUGCCGCAUAUUUUUCCCCUGUUUUUCACCAAGACUACAACCCGUUCUUUGACGACAACAGUGGCUUUAUUUACAGUCCUGCAUUAGUUUCGGGACCUAUAAUUUCUCCUACUCUUUCACCUGAUAUUUUUGGUCAAUUUUGGGACUUUUAGUUCUAGAGAUAUUUACUGAAAUAUAUUGCGUUUUGCAGGAUUUGAUUGCAUCAACGGUAUUUUACCCUCUUUUUUAUUAACUAUGAAUUAGGAAUAGGUUGAAAAUUUGUUGUAUUAGUGGUUGAAACUAAAAGAAUGUGUACAUUCUUAUCUGAAUAUGUUUGGAAGUUUCCCAUCUUCAUUUGUUGUUCUACUUAUGGUGAUCUACAUAUGUUGUUUGAACCUUUUCCGGAUUUUUUUCUAAAAAACCUUUUUGAGAUUU